CAGUUACCUGUAAACUAGCUACCAUUACAGGUGUACAAUAUAGGACUAACAAGCCGGUAUACAACACGAGGGUAUACAUAUUACAAGGCAGAACGCUACAGUACUAACGCAUUGAUUUGAGUGGAAACAAACUGAGAAACAUACUAAGGACCAAGUGUUGGCGCCAGACAAGCUCUGUAGGUUGUCUUACAAAGGAAGACAAGAUGGUGGCUGAACGGGAAACUUGGAGUAAGAAGCUGGAGUUUAUUCUGGCAGCCAUUGGCUACUCUGUAGGGCUGGGCAAUGUGUGGAGGUUUCCAUACCUCUGUUUCCAAAGUGGAGGUGGUGCAUUCCUGUUCCCGUUUUUCCUGAUGUUGAUACUUUGUGGCGUGCCGUUGCUGUAUAUGGAAUUGGCUGUGGGACAGUAUACACAGCAGGGACCUGUUGGUGCACUCGCCAAAAUCUGUCCCCUUUUUAAAGGUGCAGGUCUGGCUACCGUGGUGAUAUCGUUCCUGUUCACGACCUACUACAAUGUUAUCAUCAGCUGGUCAUUUUAUUACCUCUUUAGCAGCUUCAGUGGAGAGCUCCCGUGGAGCCACUGCAAUCAUGAUUGGAACUCUCCUAACUGUUGGGAUGGAAGUAAAUCUCAAUCUGUCCUAAAAAACAUUACAAUCAACAGUGUUACCAUGCUGCAGAAUGUCACAGAUUUUGUUAAACCAAACGGUUCUGUAUCGCCUACAGAAGACUUUUUUGAAUCGAAAAUGUUGCGGAAGAGUUCUGGAAUUGAGGAAAUGGGAAAUCUAAACUGGGAUUUGUCCCUGAUCCUGUUGUUAUGCUGGGUCAUCGUGUACUUCUGUAUAUGGAAGGGGCCUAAGGGCACUGGCAAAGUUGUUUACUUCACUGCCACUUUUCCUUUUUUGGUUCUCAUCAUUUUACUGGUAAGGGGAGUAACUCUUCCAGGCUCAUGGAAUGGAAUUAUGUACUUCAUAUGGCCAAAAUGGGAGCUACUUGCUGAUCCUAAGGUAUGGGUGUAUGCCGCAGCACAGAACUUCAAUUCUCUGGGGAUAGCGUUCGGUGGUAUCAUAACGAUGUCGAGCUAUAACAAAUUCAACAAUAACAUUAUGAAAGAUGUGUUGACAAUAGCAGUGGUUGAUGCUGUAACAUGUAUCGUAGCUGGACUUGCGAUAUUUGCUACACUAGGUUAUCUUGCUGAGAAUCAACAGACGGACGUCACAAAUGUUAUAAAACAAGGUCCUGGCCUAGUAUUCAUCAUUUACCCAGAAGCCUUCACCACGAUGCCUGUCCCACAGCUCUUCUCCGUCGCCUUCUUCUUCAUGCUUAUCUGUCUAGGUAUAGAUAGUCAGUUUGCGUCAGUGGAGGUUAUCGUGACAACCCUGAACGACCACUUUGGGGAAUACGUGGAGAAGUACCUAAAGCGUAAGGAGGUGCUGGUUUUCGUUGUUUGUGCCUUCUCGUUCCUGUGUGGACUGCCCAACGUAGCACAGGGAGGACUGUAUUUCUUCUCCCUCCUCGACCACUAUGCUGCUGCCGUCUCUCUCAUGUAUCUCGCCUUCUUUGAGGUUAUCGCCAUCACGUGGAUUUAUGGUGCAAAUCGACUCUCAAAAAAUGUAAAGGAAAUGAAUGGCAGCACCCCAUACAGAUUUUUCACUUUCUGCUGGUAUUUCCUGUCCCCUGUCCUUAUAUUUGUUAUCUGGCUGUUCAGCAUGAUCAUGUACAAGCCAUUUAAGUUGGAUGACUACGACUACCCAGACUGGGCCACCGCGCUUGGCUGGUUCUUCGCCUUGCUAUCUGUGAUCUGUGUUCCCUUAGGUAUGGCGCACGCCUUCUACAUGGCCAAGGGAGACAACUUGUGGCAGCGAUUCAAGAACACCCUGAAGUCUCCCCUACCUGACAGUGUAUCACAGUCUUGUCCCUCCUACUACACCGGCGACAUCAUCAUCUCCAACGGUAAAAUCCCGGAAAAGGAGCCUCUAAACGGAUCGUCCCCAGAUCUAGAUAGCACAACUAAAGUUUGACUCCCCGUGACGACCACAGACAGCAAGAUUGAAACCCUAUUUCUAUUUUUAUAGUAUUUUUUAUUAACUUUCCACAUAUAUUGUAUUUCCAUUUUCACACUGGUAUAGUUUAAGUUAUUUUUCUGGUAUAACCUUCCAAUAGGAAAUUCAUGUUUCUUACAAAGACUAUUAUCAUGUCAUACCUGUUAAUCAUGUCUUUGUUUCAUUAACAGUUGAUUCAUCAAUUUAAAUUUUAAAGUUUAACUGUUUAAAAAUGUUUGCAGAAACAUCUGUAUUUUUGUAUAUAUCAUCAAACAGGGAUCAGUUGGAAUCCCAGGAAAUAUCUGUAUAGGAAAAAAAAUCACCAAUCCUAAUUUUACCUCACGUCAACACUUCAUUAAGCUGAAGUAAAGCAUACUGAGUACAGGGGACCCUUUUCUGGCUAAGCCAUUUCAAAAAUUCAUCAGUCUACCAAAAUGUUGGGACCAUUUUUUAUGGUUCUUUAUUAUGAAGAUGUCACAUUUUAGUUCGCCCAGUUUAAUAUUAACCAUCAAAAAUUCUGAUGUUACCAAAAUCUGUUGUACAUCAAAUGAAGCCUGGGGGAAGCGGUUUUGUCCAAUUUGAAUAUUUUGACUGAUUUGUGAAUGAGUUUAUUAUGGAACAGCAUAUCUGCAAAAUCUAGAUCUGUUGUGUCAGAGGUGUUUUUUACACCACACAUGAACACAAUACUGAUUUCUGGUAAUUUUUUAUCCAUGAAUUUAAUUUAUAUAUACAUACUGUCUUAUAAACCAGAGGGAUGGUUUCUUUGAAUAACUGGAUUAUCAAUGAAAUUGGUUGACAAGCAUGAGAAAAUGUUUAUAUGAUUUUAUUUUGAAUUAGUCUGUUGUUGUUAUAGAUACUACAUGGUGUUCUUAACUGUGAUGAUGUAAUUGAGGUAAAAUUGAAAGACUGCAUAAGUUGUCAUCACAAAAAACAAGACGAUAGUUUGAACUUUGAACUAUGUUGACAUAUUUUAACUCUGAAUAAUAUUGACACAAGUAGGGUCAACAUAUCUAAUCAUUGACACAAGUAGGGUCAACAUAUCUACUCAUUGACACAAGUAGGGUCAACAUUUCUAAUCAUUGACACAAGUAGGGUCAACAUAUCUUAUCAUUGACACAAUUAGGGUAAACAUAUCUAACCAUUGACACAGAUAGGGUCAACAUAUCUAAUCAUUGACACAAGUAGGGUCAACAUAUCUAAACAUUGACAUAAAUAGGGUCAACAUAUCUAAUCAUUGACACAAGUAGUGUCAACAUAUCUAAUUAUAUUGACAUAAAUAGGGUCAACAUAUCUUAUCAUUGACCCAAUUAGGGUAAACAUAUCUAACCAUUGACACAAAUAGGGUAAACAUAUCUAAUCAUUGACACAAGUAGGGUCAACAUAUCUUAUCAUUGACACAAGUAGGGUCAACAUAUCUAAUCAUUGACACAGGUAGGGUCAACAUAUCUAAUCAUUGACACAAAUAGGGUCAACAUUUCUAAUCAUUGACACAAGUAGGGCCAACAUAUCUAAUCAUUGACACAAGUAGGGUCAACAUAUCUAAUUAUAUUGACAUAAAUAGGGUCAACAUAUCUUAUCAUUGACACAAUUAGGGUAAACAUAUCUAACCAUUGACACAAAUAGGGUCAACAUAUCUAAUCAUUGACACAAGUAGGGUCAACAUAUCUAAUCAUUGACACAAAUAGGGUCGACAUAUCUAAUCAUUGACACAAGUAGGGUCGACAUAGACACAAGUCGGGUAACUUAACAUUUAGAUGUGCGUUAUCACAAUGAGGGUCAGCGUUCACCUGUGAAUGAUGUUGACAUAUUGGAGUGUACAUUUGUAUCCAAGAUUUGUUGACACAGUUUGGGUUUGCAUUUAUAUCUGAAUUCUGUGAACUAAGCAGAGUUUGGCAUUUUUUUCUGAUAUGUGUUCAACAAACCUAACAUUUAGAGUGUUUUGACGUAAUUACGGUAAAUUUACAGUCCGAGUUAUAUUUUGAAACAAAGAAAGUAUUGAAAGUUGACCUUGUUGUCAGACUAGUGAACUAGCACUACUAGUAUCGUAUCAUAAAAGGAAUGCUUUGAGCAAAAUAUACCAAUGAAUGGUAGGAAAAUGUGGAGCUACUGCCUGAGGUUUAUUUCUAUGGUUAAGUGUACCAAUUAAUUUCUUUGAAUGACUGAGUGUCACAUAUAUUAUUAUGAUACAGGUGUCCUAUGUACUUUGAUCUCAGAUUUAUAUAUCGGUAAUUGUUAGAACGUAGACAUUUUUGUAGAAUUUGUACUGUUUUAUACUUGGAGGAUUUGAAUAUUUCGCAAUUAAAAAGUUCACAAGAGUACAGGAGUCUGUAUCAUUUAAUCUGGAAUUUCGUAGAACCUCCCCUCUUCCCCGCCAUACAUAGUGUUUUCAGACAUCCAUGCCUAUAAUGUUCCACAUUAGAUAUAGGAUGUUGAUACGCCAUUCCUUUUUUAUAUGGGUCGAUAGUGCAUCAUUUAAAUAGAUUUUAUCUGUGGUGUAUCUCUUGGGAGACUAGUGUAUGAUGAAAUGUUUCUGGUGUAGUAUAUACAUGACAAUAAAUCAUAUUUUUGACAUGAAGAUACAUCUCAUUACUUUGACAAGUUUGCGGGUCAAAUCAUCAUCAACAUAUGUUAGUACAUUUAUGGGUCUACAUUGAGCAGCCCCAAUAUUUUUUACAUUUUUUUUGGAAAAAUAGGUCAUCAGGAUGCUUUGAAAACCAAUCUGAAUGCAAAUAUUUCCCGUACAAAUUCACAUAUUAACAUAUACAUACACAAGCUCCUUUAAAUGGUUGUUGCAGUUAAUAUAUGUAGAUAUCAAGCAUAGACUAGAGAGAUAACUGGUGGUUGAUUUUGUUGUAUUUGUUUAUAAUAUACACUUAUUGAAUAACAGAAAAUUAUUAAACAAAUAUGGUAAGUAUCAUAGGAUUUUUUUUUCUGUAAUAUUACAAAAAAAAUACAUUAUUGCUGGUCUUUUUGUGAUCUUAACUCAUGUUAUCUACCUACACAGGUUGUCGUGUGUUUUAUUUAGAUGUGAUUCAAUUUUAUCUGCUGACAAAAUAUGUAAAGACGAUAUCAUAAAGCAGGAUGUAAAAAUGGAAGUUAAUCUUAAAAGCACUAACAAGUCUCCUUAUGUAAAGGGUAUUUGAUAUGUUAAAAUAAAUCAUGGUUAUACAUGUAACAGGAACACAUGCUUUACUUUUAUAAAUACCUGAAUGAUGUGUUACAGUGUAGCAAAACCAUUUAUCCUAUGAAUUCAGUGCAUGGAGACAAAUCAUAUACUAAAUUAUUUGAAAUUAUUGAAGCAAACUCUUGAAAAUAAUAUAUUUUGAUAAUGUUCAGGGUUGAAAUUUAUUUAAAAUCAGUUCAGUUACACAAAAUGAAAUUAGCGUUACAACAAUCAUGUGAUAGC